AGGACCUAUAGAGACCUGGACCAACCUGGAGAGAACACAAUAUUAUAUCAGGACCUAUAGACACCUGGACCAACCUGGAGAGAACACAAUAUUAUAUCAGGACCUAUAGACACCUGGACCAACCUGUAGAGAACACAACAUUAUAUCAGGACCUAUAGACACCUGGACCAACCUGUAGAGAACACAACAUUAUAUCAGGACCUAUAGACACCUGGAGAGAACACAACAUUAUAUCAGGACCUAUAGACACCUGGACCAACCUGUAGAGAACACAACAUUAUAUCAGGACCUAUAGACACCUGGACCAACCUGUAGAGAACAACAACAAGAUGAGGAUCCUGCUGAUAGUCAUCCUCCUCUCCUUCAUGACAGGUCGUUUGAGCUCCUUCAAAGUGACAGGAUACUCUGGAGGAACUGUCAUCAUCUCCUGUCAUUAUUCCACAGAAGACAGAAGUCGUGACAAAUAUUUCUGCUCGGGGCAGAACCGUUUGAGAUGUGAGGAUCAAAUCAGAACUGGAUUGAGGAACACCUGGGUGCACAGUGGUAGAUUCUCUCUGUAUGACAACAAUGGAGGAAACUACUUCAAGGUGAUCAUCAGACAACUGACCAGAGAAGAUGAAGGGACCUACUGGUGUGGAGUGGACAAACCUACUGCACCUGACAGUUAUACCAAGGUAGAGCUGGAUGUCGAGAAGGAUGACUGCUGUGAGAAGUCAGUCACAGAGACGGCCUUUCUGGGAGGAGAAGCUACCAUCAGAUGCAACUAUCCAGAGGACCAUAAGGACGACAUCAAGUAUUUCUGCAAAGAAGACAGUGAAUCUGACUGUGAAAACAAGAUAUCAGAUACACAUCAUGAAAAACCUAGAAGAUAUUCUCUUUCUAAGAGAAGAAGAGAGAGAUUCUCCACAGUGACCAUCAGUGACCUGACUGAAGAUGAUACUGGGACCUACUGGUGUGGAGUAGAAACCAGCAGGACAGAACAACGUUACAUUACACUGAUCACACAGGUGAAGCUGCGUGUUAUAACGGCACCAACCACCAUGAGCACAACAGCAACACCAACUACAGCUCUUCAAGCCUCAGCCACAACCACCUUCAUCUCAAAAUCAUCAUCAUCAUCAUCAUCAUCUUCUUCAUCAUCACCAUCAUCAUCAUCUUCUUCUUCAUCAUCAUCACUCAACGGAUCUGGUACCUCAGUGGUCAUCAUGGUGUCUGUUAGUCUGGUAGUGUUACUGCUAGUGAUCAGCCUGAUUAUCGUCUACAGAUGGAAAUACACCAAGAUCACAGAAUCUGUCUCUUCAACACACAGAGUGAGCCCAGACACAGGCAACAACGCAGGGGGUUGUCAUGGUGAUGGUGACUAUGAGGAGAUAAUGGAGCGCCCCCUACAGUCAGACUCCACCAUCUACGCCACCGCCAACUUACCCACAAGCCACUCUGACUCUCUCCACUACGCCAGCGUCACCUUCCACAAGACUCCCAGCAGUCCCAAUGAAGCCAGAGUCACCACCGCUAAAGAGGGCACUUCAUCAUGUGACUAUGCUACUGUGAACUUUGUCAAAGCCCCACCUACUCUACUGUCAAUCAUCCACACUGCUCCUCUGAGAAUCCUCCCAUCUAGCCCACAGUCAGCAAACCCAGAGACACCUGAGUCACUGGCAACCAAUCACAAGAGACAUACAUACACUGGCAACCAAUCACAAGAGACAUACAUACACUGGUAACCAUUCACAAGAGACAUACACUCACUGGCAACCAAUCACGGAGGAGAGAGGAUGGAGGAGAGAGGACGGAGGAGAGAGGACGGAGGAGAGAGGACGGAGGAGAGAGAACGGAGGAGCGAGAACAGAGGAGAGAGAACGGAGGAGAGAGGAUGGAGGAGAGAGGACGGAGGAGAGAGAACGGAGGAGCGAGAACAGAGGAGAGAGAACGAAGGAGAGAGGACGGAGGAGAGAGGACGGAGGAGAGAGGACGGAGGAGAGAGAACGGAGGAGAGAGGACGAAGGAGAGAGGACGGAGGAGAGAGGACGGAGGAGAGAGGACGGAGGAGAGAGGACGGAGGAGAGAGGACGGAGGAGAGAGGACGGAGGAGAGAGGACGGAGGAGAGAGGACGGAGGAGAGAGAAGGAGGAGAGAGGACGGAGGAGAGAG